AUGCAACUCAAGGGGCUGACCUCCUUGGCCCGCGGCCAGCCGGGCAUCCUCCACCACAUCACCCCAAGCCUGGUCUCCUUCGAAUACACGCGCGGCGUGAUCCGCAAGCCGCACACCCUCAUCUUCGUAGGAGGGCUAGGUGAUGGCCUCGGCACAGUGGAAUACCUUAGCGACAUCGUCCAGGCACUGGAACCGACCGAAUGGUCGGUAUUCGGGCUGGUGCUAUCCUGCUCAUACGGCGGCUGGGGCAUGGGCCGACUCGGGAACGACAUUGACGAGAUCGCACAUACGGUUAAUUAUGUCCGAGAAUACAAGACACCACAAUUUGGGCCGGGCAAGGUGGUGAUUAUGGGCCACUCGACGGGCAGCCAGGACGUGAUGCACUACAUCAACUGCCCGAACCCGCGACCUGCACAUCCUAUUUUCGAUAGGGACUGGAUACCCGUCGUACGUCCGGAGGUAGACGGUGCCAUUAUGCAGGCGCCUGUCUCGGACCGGGAGGGUAUUUUGUGGGUGGUGAAGUGUGGUACGGAGCGGGAUAGCCCGGAGACGAUGCGCAAGAUCUACAACAAGGCGGUAGAAGAUGCACGACGACACACAUACGAGGAUCACAACUCGGUCGAUACGCUUGUGCCGUUGUCUGUGACGGGACGGAUUGGAUACCCGACCUCGGCGCCAGUGAGCAGCCGGCGAUUCUUGAGUCUGGUCAGCCCGGAAAGUCCCGAGAAGCCCGAGGAAGAUGAUUUGUUUAGCUCGGACUUGAGUAAUCAGCGGUUGGAGGAUACCUUUGGACAGGUCGGAAAGCGGGGUCUGUUGAGGCAGCAAUUGCUCGUGCUGUAUUCUGGUCGGGACCAGUCGGUGCCUCCGUGGGUCGACAAGGAGGCGCUGCUCAAGCGGUGGAAGUCUGCCAUUGAUGUGCAUGGCAAGCAGUUCUGGAGUCCGCACAGUAUGGUUAUUCCCAAUGCUUCGCAUGCUCUCAGUGACUCAGAUCAGAAGGAGCCACGGCGAAUCCUGGUAGAGAGGAUGACUAGGUAUUUGCAUGAUAUUCUGCAGGGUUAG